UAUAACUACAUGCAUGGGCCUAUCAACGUUGAACUGCCGGUGACAGCGACUUACUGGUUGUUAGGAGAUCUUCUCUGUUACGCAAACGUGGAGAUUGGUAACAUAUUCGGACAGACUGAACUGCGCGGCAAAAGAAGGGGGACACAAACAAAAACAUGUGGCUGAGGCUUUGAGAAAACGGGUGAUGAGAACAUCUUGUUUGUGACUGACAGUGGACACCAUGGGUUUACACUCAGCCCAGAAAAAGCACUUUCCCCUGCGGGGGAUCGAUGGUGUGGUUCAGCUGUUUGAUGCUGAGCUCCGGAAGUCUGAGCCAGACUUAGCCCUUCUUUCCCUGGUCCUGGGUUUUGUCGAGCACUUCCUGGCUGUGAACCGAGUCAUCCCCAUAAACGUUCCAGGAGUACGGUUUGAACCGCUGGAGCCAGACUGCCCCAACUCCUGUUUCCCCACAGUGGAGCUGGGUAUGAUCUCUGCACUGUAUGAGCGCUUCACAGCCCAGAUCCGCGGUGCGGUGGACCUGUCCCAGUACCGGAGGACUGCUGCAGGGUCCAGCAGGGAGCUAGUGAAGAAAGUGUCAGAUGUGAUCUGGAACAGUCUCAGCCGCUCAUACUUCAAGGACCGGGCACACAUCCAGUCCCUCUUCAGUCUCAUCACUGGUACCAAACUGGACAGCUCUGGAGUGGCAUUUGCAGUAGUGGCAGCCUGCCAGGUUCUAGGCCUGAAAGAUGUCCACUUGGCACUGUCUGAGGACCACGCCUGGGUGAUUUUUGGAAAAAACGGGGAAGAGACCGCAGAGGUCACCUGGCACGGAAAGGGUAACGAGGACAGACGAGGACAGACUGUCACAGCAGGAGUCAAUGAGAAAAGUUGGCUGUAUUUGAAGGGCUCCUACAUGAAAUGUGACAGAAACAUGGAGGUGGCCUUCAUGGUUUGUGCCAUCAACCCUUCACUAGACCUACAUACUGACAGCUCUGAGCUCCUGCAGCUACAACAGAAACUCUUGUGGUUGCUGUAUGAACGAGGUGACCUGGACAGGUAUCCCAUGGCUAUGGGCACUCUGGCAGACCUUGAGGACCAGGAUCCAAUCCCAGGCAAAGAGAGCCCUCUUACAAUCCACCUCAAGGCUGUGACUUCUGCUCAGAAGCACUACAACAACGAGCACAUCUACCCCUACAUGUACCUGGCUGGUUUCCACUACAGACACAGGGAUGUGCAGGAGGCUCUGAGGGCCUGGGCGGAGGCGGCUCAGGUCAUGCAGGAUUACAACUACUUCCGUGAGGACGAGGAAAUCUACAAAGAGUUCUUUGACAUAGCAAAUGAUGUUAUCCCCACUCUGCUGAAGGAGACUGCUGCUGCAGAGUGUCCCGGGGAGGCAGGAGAGGGAGGAGAAGGAGCUGACAAGGAGCUCCCCAAACAGGUUCCAACCUUCUCAGCUCUCCAGGACCCAGAAUGCUUUGCCCACCUGCUGCGUUUCUAUGAUGGCAUCUGUAAAUGGGAGGAGGGCAGUCCCACACCAGUCCUCCAUGUGGGCUGGGCCACCUACCUGGUCCAGUCUCUGAGUCGCUUUGAUGCUCAGGUGCGUCAAAAGGUGUCGAUCAUCACCAAAGAGCUAGAGUCCCAAGACGAUGACGACCAGUCCAGCGAUGACCCCCGGGAAGGCCGCAGACGAGGCCCCAGGAGGGAGUCCAAGCUGGAGGAGCAGAACUCUCCUCCUCCUGCAGCUCCCACCUCUCCACCCACCCUGCCAGCAGCAGCAUCUCAGCCCAAGAAGGUGGGGGAGGGAGGGGGCCGCCGCCGCUCCUCACAGGGCCUGCGGGGCGGAGACACUGAAGGAAAACCCAAGUCCCCCAGCCCAGAUUCUGCACCCUCACCCUCAUCCCAGCAGCAGGUAUCCCCCUCCCCAGCUGGUCCCGUUGUCAUCUUUCAGAGUGAGAAGAUGAAGGGGAUGAAGGAGCUGCUGUGCGCAGCCAAGGUGAACUCCAGCGCCAUCAAGCUACAGCUCACCGCCCAGUCGCAGGUCCAGAUGAAGAGACAGAAAAGCACACCAGCCGGGGAUUACUCCAUGUCCUUUAUGAAGCGGCAGCGCAAAACACUCUAGACCUGGUGAUUGUUGUAGGAGGAGUUGUUGAGAAUCUGUACGACAUACUGUGAACAGCGACACGGACACCUGAUUAACCUCGAUUUUGUCUGUGAAACUUUUUACUAGUGUUUUCAUCCAGAGGUCCUUUUCAGUCUAUAUCCUCAUAGUUCUCAGCAAUAUAUUUGACUUGCACAGAUCUUAUGUCUCAUGUCACAUAUCAAGUGUUGAACUGAAGUCCUGACAAUUUAACUGUUUUCAUUUGAAAAAAAGAUCAUUUCUGGGGAACUGCCUGGUUUGAUGGAUUGUAACCUUCACUCAUUAGUUUGUGUUUUAAUUGGCAGCCAAUUGCACACUGACUAUUAACUUCUCAUUGACUUAUAUAUUGAUGUUUGAAGCCAAAGUAAUGAGGAUGACCAGAAUUCAACGUACAGAUGUGUAAAUACCAACUUGUACCAUUACGAACCUGUUCAUGACUGAAGCCUUGGAAAUAAUUACUUUAGGAUAGUUACUGUGUAACAUUGUCCACUUCUGCUCUAUCGACAGCUUCUUUCUUGCUAGCUCUAUGUUGCCUUACUUUGCUUUUGCUCUUUUCUAAUGUAGGUGGCCUUUAGUUUUGAAAAUAGCUGAGCUAGGCCUAUUUUUAAUGAUUAUAGAAGACCAGGAAGACCAUGCACUGUUGAGACAGAGCCACAUUAGGUGGCCCUGCUACACCCUGUUCGCUUGAUGACUUGUGGAUUUUGUUCUUGUUUUGUAUCUGCAAGUAAUAAAGACCUGAUGACAUA